CUAAAAUUUAUUUGUAGAGAUGGGGGUCUCCCUAUGUUCCCCAGGCUGGUCCUGAACUCCUGGCCUCAAGCCAUUCUCCUGCCUUGCCUUCCCAAAGCGCUGGAAUUAAAGGCAGGAGCCACUGCGCCCGGCCAGUGCUGGAGAAUGUAAUGGAGAUGAUCCUGCCUAUCCUUGAGUUCCAGUCUAGUUUACUGUCAGAGAAUACUUAUUUCAAUUUUUCCUAUUUUGUUCUCGAGUCUCUUUCCUCAGAUUUACUUUUCUAUUUAAAUGACGUUCCCGGCUUUUAAAUUUGCAUUGUAAAAUUUAUUUUGGCUCCCCCGCCUGUUUUUUGCACAUUAAAAAUGAAAACGUUUGUAGAACUAAGCUAAGCAGAUGGUUUUCCUGCAAAAAUAUUGGGCUGAACUAAAGCAUUGCUUUGGAGCUGGUUCACAGAAAAAAAUGCAAAACUGGUUAUCCCGACUUCAAGCUCCAAAAUAAACUGCUUUCUUUCUCCGGGAAGUUUUCCCCGCCACACACACUUGACCGCGUGGCCAGUCCUUUCGAUGCCUCUCGCUCCCAACACGGAGUUCCUCUCAUUUCUUCAGUCAGCUCUCAGCUGCUGCUGCUAGUUUCUCGGCUUCAGCACCACGGGCACAGCACUCUGAAGUUUACAAAGCACUCUGCAGCACUGACUGUGAUCCUCACAGUGCUGUCCGGUGGCCUCACGCAGGUGGUAGUGCAGCUUUUCAGGCCUAGAGCUGCCAGGAGCUAAGCCCGCAGACCCGCCGGGAAGCGCAGCGCGGACGGUCGCGCGACCCUGCGGCAUGGAGGCCUGGGCUUCACCCAGAGGCGCUCGAGCACCGCCCAGCCGAGCCUCACACCGCAUGCCACUUCAUAUUUGGGCCCAGAGCUCAAAUCGCACCGAUGCAAUCCGCCGGCCUUAAACCUAUUCAGCCAGAAUCUCUCCCCGACUGUAAAGCAACUCUGGGCGGGAGCGGCAACCUGUCGGCAUCAGUCUUUUGGAGCCGCCCACAUUCAGAGAGGCAGGACCCGGGAACGCGCGCUGUCUUGCUUUACGGCACGGGUGCGCGAGUUUGCGGCAGCGUGACGCCAGCAAGUUUUGGCGGGAAAAGCGCUGCAUUUGGAUUCCUGCAGUGGUGGGCAAAGGACAGUCCGCCGAGGUGCCCGGCGGAGUCAUGGCAGUGCCCUUUGUGGAAGACUGGGACUUGGUGCAAACCCUGGGAGAAGGUGCCUAUGGAGAAGCCAGACAUAGGCAUGCCUGAACAAGAUGCUCAGAGGUUCUUCCAUCAACUCAUGGCAGGAGUGGUUUAUCUGCAUGGUAUUGGAAUAACUCACAGGGAUAUUAAACCAGAAAAUCUUCUGUUGGAUGAAAGGGAUAACCUCAAAAUCUCAGACUUUGGCUUGGCAACAGUAUUUCGGUAUAAUAAUCGUGAGCGUUUGUUGAACAAGAUGUGUGGUACUUUACCAUACGUUGCUCCAGAACUUCUGAAGAGAAGAGAAUUUCAUGCAGAACCGGUUGAUGUUUGGUCUUGUGGAAUAGUACUUACUGCAAUGCUCGCUGGAGAAUUGCCAUGGGACCAACCCAGUGACAGCUGUCAGGAAUAUUCUGACUGGAAAGAAAAAAAAACAUACCUCAACCCUUGGAAAAAAAUCGAUUCUGCCCCUCUAGCUCUGCUGCAUAAAAUCCUAGUUGAGAAUCCAUCAGCAAGAAUUACCAUUCCAGACAUCAAAAAAGAUAGAUGGUACAACAAACCCCUCAAGAAAGGGGCAAAAAGGCCCCGAGUCACUUCAGGUGGUGUGUCAGAGUCUCCCAGUGGAUUCUCUAAGCACAUUCAAUCCAAUUUGGACUUCUCUCCAGUAAACAGUGCUUCUAGUGAAGAAAAUGUGAAGUACUCCAGUUCUCAGCCAGAACCACGCACAGGUCUUUCCUUAUGGGAUACCAGUCCCUCAUACAUAGAUAAAUUGGUACAAGGGAUCAGCUUUUCCCAGCCCACAUGUCCUGAUCAUAUGCUUCUGAAUAGUCAAUUACUUGGAACCCCAGGAUCCUCACAGAACCCCUGGCAGCGGUUGGUCAAAAGAAUGACACGAUUCUUUACCAAAUUGGAUGCAGACAAAUCUUAUCAAUGCCUGAAAGAGACUUGUGAGAAGUUGGGCUAUCAAUGGAAGAAGAGUUGUAUGAAUCAGGUUACUGUAUCAACAACUGAUAGGAGAAAUAAUAAACUCAUUUUCAAAGUGAAUUUGUUAGAAAUGGAUGAUAAAAUAUUGGUUGACUUCCGGCUUUCUAAGGGUGAUGGAUUGGAGUUCAAGAGACACUUCCUGAAGAUUAAAGGGAAGCUGAUUGAUAUUGUGAGCAGCCAGAAGGUUUGGCUUCCUGCCACAUGAUCGGGCCAUUGGCUCUGGGGAAUCCUGGUGAAUAUAGUGCUGCUAUGUUGACAUUAUUCUUCCUAGAGAAGAUUAUCCUAUGCUGCAAACUGCAAACAGUAGUUCCUGAGUGUUCACUUCCCUCUUUAUCCAAACAUCGUCCAAUUUAUUUUGUUUGUUCUGCAUACAAAUAAUACCUAUAUCUUAAUUGUAAGCACAACUUUGGGGAAAGGAUGAAUAGAAUUCAUUUGAUAAUUCAUGUGUGUUUAGUAUCUGAAUUGGAAACUCAUCUUGUGGAAACCAAGUUUCAGGGGACAUGAGUUUUCCAGCUUUUGUACACACAUAUCCCAUUUUUAUCAAAACAUUUUGUUUAGUCCAAAAAGUACAUAUUUCUUCCAUGUUGAUUUAAUUAUAAGAUGAACCAAUAAAGACAUAAUUCUUGUGACUUUUGGACAGAUUUAUCAGUCUGUGAAGCGAAGCCAGCUUCAAAACAUAUCCCCGAGAUUUGUACUUAUAUUUUCAAAAGGGCCUGGCCAGUUAUAUAAACCUGUUUUUAAAUUAUAAUGAUUAAUUAAAAUUGCAAGUAGGCAUUAUUUCCAGUGUAGUUAGUAAAAUAAAUACUCGGCCUUUCAAGGAGAAGUUGAGCAUAAACUCUAGUGUUUAACUAACCUUACUCUAAAAAUUCCUGUUGAAUAUCUUAAAUAUUUUUCUGUAUUUUCUACUUUCAUAGCCAUAUUUUAGCUAACCUUUUGAACUUACUAGUGACCAAGCUUUUAGGUGAUAAAGAAUAAAAGAGGGAAGGGAAGAGUAAGGAAGCUGUAAGUAAGGAAGCUGUAAGAAAAAUAGAUCUGAUUCUUUGUUCCUUUACCUAUUAGACUUACAAAAACUUUGUUUUUCUAAUAAAAUCUGUAUUAACUUUGGGGUAUAUUAGGUUGAAGCCUUGUCCCCUGCCUGUAGUCCCAGCUACUUAGGAGGCUGAGAGAGGAGGAUCACAUGAGCCUAGAAAUUUGAGGCUGUAGUGAGCUAUGAUUGCACCACUGCACUCUAGCUUGGAUGAAUAAACAUUUUUAAAAUUGUAAAACGUUAUAAACUUAAUCAGUUAUUUUAAUCUGAAGCCAAGAACAUGUAGAAUGUUAUGAUUAGAGUUUAUCACAUAUUGAUGUAUACUGGCAAAUUGUGUUACUGGAGUACACCCAUAGGAAGAAUAAAUUUGAACCUGUUUUAUUUAUUUGAACUAUUUAGAAUAUGCCUAAGAAUUGAGUCAGUAUAAAUUCUCAAAUAUGGGAGAAAUUUUGUUCUUGAGAAUUAUCUGAGUCAGUAUCUUUCACAAACAGUUCAAGUCACUGACUUGAACCUCUUCUGUGAGCUCUAGCCUUUUACUUACUUUACAUUUCCACUUGAAUGUCUAAUGGGCAUCUCAUGACCAAAAAUGGUUUUUGAUUCCUGGUCUCCAACCUGUUCCUCUCCUAGUUUUCUCCUUCUCAGAAAUGUUACUUCAGCUCCUCAGUUCCUUAAACCAAAACCCUAGGUCAUCCUUCAUUUUUUCCCCCAUUUUCUACAUUCAGUCCAGCAGAAUCUAUUCAAUUUAACAAAUACAUUCAAAAUAUGUUCCACUUCACACCUCUGCUAGUACCACUCCAGUUGAAGGCACUGUCAUCUCUCUGUUUAUAUUACUUAUCCCUCAGCAGUUUAUAUUCCAGAAAAGCAGAAUGAUCCUUUUAAAAUGUAAAUCAGAUAUCCCUUGUCCUGUUCUCAAUUCACAUGGCUUUUUAUCACACUUAAAAUAAAAUUCAAAACUCGGUGUAUAAGCUAUAUGGCUUUGUGUGAUCUGUCUCAGUGUAUAAGCUAUAUGGCUUUAUGUGAUCUGUCCCGGUGUAUAAGCUAUACAGCUUUAUGUGAUCUGUCUCCUGGCCCCUAUUUUGGCUUCAUGUGCCACUCCACUCCUUGUUCAUUCUGCUCUAGCCACAUUGGCUUUGCUCUUCUCACAAGAAGAUAAGCACAUUCCCUUCUUAGGGUCUUUUCACUUGCAGUUCCCUGUAUCUAUAGUACUUUACUUCCAAAUAUUUGUGUGGCUUGUGCUUCACUUCAGGUAUGUGCUUAAAUGUCACUUCCUCUGGAAAGUCUUUCCCUGACUUAUCUAAAAUAAUAACCUCCUCUGUCUCUCCUUUUCCUUUAGUUUUUCAUCAUAAUACUUCUUACCUGACAUUAUAGGAUAUUUUUGUUUAUUAAAUUUCUGCUUCUCCCAUUGGAAUAUGUAAUAUAUAAGCUCCUAAUAUAUAAACUCCUUGAGAUCAGGGACCCUUUCCUUCCUAUUCAGUUCCAUAUACCCAGCACCUAGAAAUGUGCCUGAUAAUAUUACAGUAUAGAAUAAAUAGCUGUUCAACAAAGAAAUCAGCACUCAGUUGAUCUGAUCUAUCCUCAGCAUAUAUCUGGAAGCUGUCUAUGUCUGUUUUCAUGGUUGGCCACUCCUGUUUAAUCUCCUUAAUCUCCUCCCUGGAUUUCUGUGAUAAAAACUAGUCUUUACCCUUUCACUUUUGCCAUUGCCAACUCCCUUCUUCUGAAGGAAUCUUUUCUUUAUAUAACCCCUAAAAAUUUUUUUUAAUACAAAUUUUCCUGUGGCCCUCUUUUUCUUAAAAACUUAAAAUAGCUUCUUAUUGCAUCUAGGCUAGAAUCUAAACUUUCUGCUCUGACUUAACCUGGCCCUCCAUAAUUCACCCUCUGUUCUUUUUGCACAUAGGAUUCUAGGCAGAGUUGCCUGCCUUCUGUCUGCUAAGGCACAUUUCCCUCCAGGGCCUUGAUGCUUAGUGGUCCCUGUGCUUGGAACCCAUUUCAGUAGUUUGCAUGGCUGACUGAGCAUUCAAAUCUCAGCCCCAGUGUUUCUACCACUGAGUCAUUGUCACUUUAUUCUAUUUUCUUCCUAGAAUUGAUCACUGUCUGAAAUUAUUAAUUGCCUGCCUCCCCAACCAAAAUGUAAGCUUAGAUUUUGCCAUUCCUUUUCAUCCUUGUAUAAAAACAGAACCUGGAAUAUAAUAGGUACUAAAGAAAUAUUUGUUGACUGAAUGAUUGAAUGUUGAAUAAAUGAAUAAAUUAAUUUACCAUCCCAUGAGGAAGAUGCCACAGAAUAUUGUAAGGGGAAGAUGAAUAGAUGGAUAGUAAACUGUUUGCAUUGGGAAUUGUAUAGAAUGGCGGGAAAAUUUCAAGUUUCAGAUUUGGAUUAGCUCUCACAUUUAUCUGAACACUGGCAAUUGCCUCAGUAAAGAGACUGAUAACAAGUACCUUUUAGAGUUAAUCUUUAAUGCUUUAAUGUGUAGGAAUAGUAUAGUGUCCUGUUUUACACAGAAAGGCAUUCUGUAAAUAUAAGUUGCCUUAAUUUUCCUGUAAUGUUCAUUAUAUUGUUGUGGGAAGGUAUUUACUCCUAUUAUUAAAAAUAAAAAUGGGUAGAAUUU